GGCACUGGUGCCGGGUAGUGGUGUGCCGGCAGGCGAGAUGAUCGGCGGGGAUGCGACGCGCGGUCGGAAGCGCCGUGACCGCCGCCCGGAUCGUACGGACACCGAGGCCAUCCUGCGGGCGCAGCGCAGCGAGGAGGACGCGAGCGGGACGGGCGAACGCAAGGGUAACGCAGUGUGCCCGUGGGAUGAUGAGGAUGAGUCGGCGGUUGACGAGGCGCCUUAUGUGAAGACCUACUCCACGUUGGGUUAUCUGUAGAGGUGUGGGAGGAUGAUACCGUCACCAGCCUCCCAGUACCUCUCCCUCUCAUUCUUUCGUGUUGCUAUUGCUUCAUCGAUCGGCCGAGCAAGGCAGCGCCGCGCUGCUCAGUUGUGAACCCAGCAUGCGCCCAGCGUGUCGAUGCACCCCGUGAACCGUGAACCGGGCGCGGCCCAUUACGCACUCACUUUUAUUGAUCAAUCCAUGCAACUUGCACCGAUUGACGGCCACACAGUGCAUCAAGCACUUGCCAAUCAAAUUUAAAGCGGCCUACACGCCCUCAACUCGAUUCAUCGAUGUUUUUGAUGCAGGUAUGUCGUUUAAUUGGCUUCCGGCGUUAGAUCGACAAACUUGCAUGCAAACAUUGAUAAAUAAAAUUUUAUCGUGUAUGGGCCGCUAAAAGAGGACAUAGGAAAAAAGGGCAGAACACCGCCCAUUCGGUGCCUUGAGCGCAAUGCUACAACUUCCCGAUCCUUCUCCGCUACCCAUUGAAAUCAUCAUCCGCUACCCAUUGACGCAUCAGCAUCAGUUUCUCCCGUCCCCCGUUCCCUACGAUCACUGAUGAGAUGAGAUGAGAGCAGCCGUGCGGUUAUCGUGCCCUCGUCUGCGCGGUCGGUCGGUUAAGGGUACGCAAAACGGUUCCAGGUGUGGCACAAGCAUGGUAAAGGGGGGAGGCGAUCAUCGAUCAGCGCCUAUGAGGCGGUCUACCCUUCGAACCAUCGCGGUCUCGCACGGCUUAGUCUCUACAUGCCCAUCCAAGAGAGAGAAUGUGCGAGUUUGAUGCCCGAUUAUCAGGGAACACGGAGCGCAGCUCGGUCUGCUAGCAGACAGCAGACAGACUUCUUCGUAAUCGCGACAUUAUGCUCACGCCUGUUGGCUGGUGUUUCUGUGGAUGUAAAUCGGAACAUUAGUGAAGACUUGAUUGGGGCUUGCAAGGUUUUCCUUACGUGUGGUAGAAUUACCAACUGCUCCAAGGUAGAACUCGCAACUCGCGUGGCUUUAUUAUGCUUUAUCAACCAUCCGAUUGAAAACGCUUGAUCCCGUCAACGUCACAAUAAAAAAUAACAGUUCUAUUGCUUUAGGAAAAAUUAUGUACGCAUUUUUUUUCGUUAACGUCGGGACCAGGAGCAUUUUAAGAAGAAACGGAGAGGGGGUUUGUGCUCGACAUGGUCAGCAAUUAUACCUUUGCCCCCAGCCCAACAAAACCAGCACAGUAAUAUCAGUAUUUGAUCCAACAUUGCCAACAUAACAAUACUAGUAGAUAAUAGAUGAGAGGGGAUACUACCGAUGGACGCUACGUACGCCUUUUCGUCGUGGAUUCCACCCUCAGCCUCUCUCCUUUCUUAGGCGUUUUAUUCCAUUGUUGGUUCGAAAAGUGGCGCGGAAGGACAAGAACGCGCCUGCUACCGUGGAAUUGUUUUAAGAGCUAUUAUUAUUGUACCGACCGACCGUGCUCGAGCCUCGAGGCACCAAACCACUGUCCACCAGGUGGUGUUCGGACCAACAGUCCGGAUCGAGGCAGCACAGCAUUGAGCAGCAGUGCUGCCUCAAUCGCAAAACCGUCACGCAAAGCACUACGCACAUUCACAAAGACGUCCAGAACCCACCCAUCCCCUUCUACCAGUUCCAUUUGCGUCCUUCGCAUUUCCCUUCCCGCCCACAGAUUUUCCCCAGGAAUUGGAGCAGGGUGAAGCUUGUUGCGCAACUAGCCGACUUAAACUUGCGGCGAUGGGCCCUUCCUGGCUCUCAACUGUCAUGGACAGCGUCACGUGACCCGGACCCCGUUGCCAUGGGCAUCAGCUGGCAAUUGUUUGACAGCCGCACCAAGAUGAUCAAUAGGGAGACAUCCCCAACUCAGCGGACACGCGAUCAGCACUAACAGCACUGGGCAGUCAAGAGGAAUCACUGCGAGAAAGAAAGAGAGGAAGAUGAAGAUGAAGGGCUGACAGUGAUAGGAAUGGAGUUUUUGGAAGACGCCGAUUAAAUCGAUGACGAGAAAGGAUCAAAAGCUCAAAUGCAUUCCAAACAUUGGACAAAAAUCACAAAGCACAAAACAAUAAAACAAAACACAUUAAAGAGAGAACAGACAGCAGACGGGUGGUGGAGAACACGCAGUAACUCGAGCACGAAUAAUUCAGUGUCAAUGGUUGUUGGUUUAGGUAAAUGUAAACCGAGAGCAAAACAAAACAGACAAGAGAAGAGAGAGAGAGGCAGAGGUAAAGAGAGAGAGAGAGAGAGAGAGAGAGAGAGAGAGAAAGAGAGAGAGAGAGAGAAACAGAAAGGGAGAAGACGUAUGAAACGAAACAAAACCCACAAAUACACACAUUAAAAAAACAUACUAUUUUCUUGCUAAUGACGUGCGGCGAAGACUUAACUUUACUCAAAUUGCAAAACAAAACAGAAAAUAUAUUAAUGAGGGGGCGAGCUUUUGUGGGAAGCAAACUUACUAGAAACAGUAACAAAAAAGGACAGAGCUAAUGAACACGCUUUCUCGUUGGAUUAAUGCUGUACUGUAGACGGUAUAAAUAGGGGCGAGAAGAAGAACAGAGGAGAAAACAAAAAAACAAACAAAAAAAAGCUAUGAGAAAGAAACAGAAAAAUAAGAAAGAGGGAAAGAUAGUGACAGAGAGUGGGAGGGAGAGAGAGAGAGAGGGAGAGAGAGAAUGACAGAAAGGGGACGGAACAGUGUAGAAAAGAGCAAUUUGUUGACAAACGCACAGCGCAGCAUAAACGUGCCAGACCGAAGCGAAUGGCUAGCUGCUUUACACACAGGCAGACAUACAAAACCACAAACAUGAGCCACAAAAUACUCGCUCUUCUAGCCUUCACUACACUCUCACCCUCCCACAAAAAUAACCUUGUCUACUCCAUGUGUCUGAGUAGUACAGCUCAGUAGUAGCCCAGAACAAUCAGAAUCAUAGACCCCCUCCCCCCUCCCUUCAAUUCACAGAUACCGAUAAAGAGUUUUAGAGUGUUUCUACACUGCGAAAAAAUGUUUAAUGCCAGGUAAAAAAACUUAUAGCAUCCUUACAGGAUUUUUCUCGACUUGGCAUCAAAAGUUUUUUCGCAAUCUAGAAACAGUCUUAGAAACUGUAACCGAAGUAUCCGCAAGUGCAUCGGAAGUGCUCUAGCUCUAGCCUCAUACUCAACGCGCACACUUUACAGCCCAGGGCACUGGGCCACUACCGCGACAGCGGCGUGUGGUGAUGAGUGCAUGAGUCCAAUAAUUCGCAUAUAGCACCUAGUACAUGUUAACAGAUUGCCAGCUUAGUACUAAACAGAGAUACGCAGAACGAACCAGCAAGAGCUUUGGCUCUCUUUGGCAAAGAGAGAGAGCGCGAAAUACACAGUGAGGCAGAGGAAGAGCGUACGUGUGAGUGUGUAAUAGAAGGAUGCAAGGAUGAUGCGCCUCGGGCUACUGCGUUGGCCGUUGGUUUGUAUUUUCCGUAAAUGGCCUACCAGUAGAGUGCGCAGUGGUGGAUUUUGGCCUGGGACAUCGAGGGUAGAUGGGAUCGAUGGAACACGGGCGGCGGUCUGUGUGGCGUGGGUUGGUGGGACGGUCGAUAACGAAAGAAAGUAAAAUUUGCCACCGGUUAGCAAGUAAUGAUUCCCAUUUCAACUAGCUCUCUAAACUCUAUAACGCAUUAACUCUUUUAACAAGCAUUUGACCCGCAAGACGUAGUCGAGGCCCUCUGUGAAGGAGGGAAUCGGUUUUGUGGAGGGAGGCUGCCGGUAAAGGUAGAGAGUUAUAGGAAGAACAAUAGACACAUUAAAGAAAGAACUGGGGAGAGAAAAGGCGAAAGAGUGAAAGAGAGAGAGAGAGAGAGAGAGAGAGAGAGAGAGGGAGAGAGAGAUAAGAAAAGGAAUGAAAAGAUAAGGGAUCGAAUUUCGAAAAUGGGAUUUAUUGGCAAAAGUGUACAAUUCACCGUCUGAGAGACAAAUUAUGUCCAACGGGUAUAUUUUAUCGCGUAAUGCCCGGCAUACACUUUCGUGUAAUCCUUCAUGCACGGAGCUCCUCCCACAGCUGCUCCACAAUCGUAAGGAUUUGGCUCUUGGAUUAGGAAUCAACGAGCGUUUCAUGUACAUCCCGGCAGAACACGUCGGUGCGGAAUCGGUCACGAUUUCGUGGUAAAGUUCCUUUUCGGCUACUUUGCGAGACAUGCAUUCCCUCAUUAUAAAUUAAAAUGCAAGUGAUUAAGCGAAAACAGCAUUAAAUGUGAAAUAAUUGGCUGAAAGGUAACGAAAGACAGCCACUAAAUCUUUGUUUACCAACUAAUACGCGCGACCUAUCGAUGGUGGAUCCUUCGAUCGUGGAUCCUUCCAAAUCUGAAACAUACACGUUCCUUUUUCUAUUCCUACUUGGAUAUCUUACGGAAAACACGAACGUGUAUGCCGGGCUUAAGAGAAAGAGAGUGUCUGAGCGUGAAAAAAGGCGGAAAGAGGUACAGACGGAGCUGAGUACGAGGUAUGGAUGGAAUGGAUGAGCAGAAUCGAAGUGGUCAGUGGAACAGGAAACAGAAGAGACAGAAUAAAAAUAAAACUGAUGUUAAAGGGUAUUAAAAAGUAAUACUAGCGGGUAAGAACUCAAAUUUCAAAUAGUGAGAACAACCGAAAAACCUAACAUAUAGAAAUCAAAUGAUUAAUAAUGGAGGAAAAGCUAAUUCUAUAUAAUAUGUAUAAAUAUAUACAUAUUUAUUUAUAUAUAGAUUUAAAUAUGUAUGUGUAUGUGUACAGCAGGAUGUACAUAGUAUAUAUGGGAUAUACAUACUGAUACAUAAAUAAUCAUGUA